AUGGGCACAACAGCGUCACAAACCACUGGCGCUUAUAAACCAUCGUAUGGCACAUUUUAUGAUUUAAAGGCAAAAGAUAUUGAUGGUGUAGAGAAAUCAAUGGCCGAUUAUAAAGGCAAGGUUCUAAUGGUUAUCAAUGUUGCCUCAGCAUGCGGUAAAACCGAUCGUGAAUAUAAGUAUUUAACUGGUUUAUAUGAUAAAUUUCAUUCUCAAGGCUUUGAAAUACUAGCAUUUCCAUGUAAUCAAUUUAUGUAUCAAGAAAGUGGGACAUGCACAAAGAUCAAAACUUUUAUUCAAAAAUAUAAUGUUCAGUUUCCAAUGUUCGAUAAAAUAAAUGUUAAUGGAAAUGAGACACAUCCCAUUUAUACAUGGUUAAAACAAAGUUUUCCAGGACGUGUGACAUGGAAUUUUAGUGGAAAAUUUUUGAUUGAUCAUAACGGAAUACCAAGAGCAAGAUCGAAUGACAAUUUUGAAGAAAUCGAUCACUUAAUACAAAAAUUAAUCGAUGAAAAAAAUCAGGCCUCAACAACAGGCUAA